CAGGGCGGGGCUUUGGCCUCUAAGAGUUAGUACAUGGGUUCCCAGAAGCCAUUCAUUUUCUUCAUCUUCUCUGACUGUGGACAGUACUCCCCGCAGGUGUUCUGGAGGCCCACAGCCCAGUCUCUCCAAACACCACCACCCCGGCUCCCCUACCACACCCCCAACACCCCCAAGCCCAGCCAUGUCGUCCUGCAGCCGCGUGGUGCUGGUCACGGGAGCCAACAAGGGUAUCGGCUUGGCCAUCGCGCGCGACCUGUGCCGGCAGUUCCCGGGGGACGUGUUGCUCACAGCGCGGGUCGUGGCGCGGGGCCAGGCGGCCGUGCAGCAGCUGCAGGCCGAGGGCCUGAGCCCACGCUUCCACCUGCUGGACAUCGACGACCUGCAGAGCAUUCGGGCCCUGCGGGACUUCCUGUUCAAGGAGUAUGGGGGCCUCGACGUGCUGGUCAACAACGCGGCCAUCAGCUUCUGGGUUGAUGAUCCCACACCCUUACCUAUUCAAGCAGAAAUGGCAAUGAAAACCAACUUUUUUGGUACCCGAGAUGUCUGCACGGAGCUGCUGCCUCUGGUGAGACCUCAAGGCAGAGUGGUGAAUCUCUCUAGCACACUGACCUUGGUAGCUCUUAAACACUGCAGCCCGGAACUGCAGCAGAAGUUUACAAGUGAGACCAUCACAGAGGAGGAGCUGGUGGGGCUCAUGAACAAGUUCGUGGAAGAUACAAAGAAUGGAGUGCACUUGAAGGAGGGCUGGCCUCAUAUGAGAUUUGCUCCCUAUUCAGUGUCAAAGCUCGGCAUCACAGUCCUGUCCAGAAUCCAGGCCCGGAAACUGAGUGAGCAGAGGACAGGGGACAAGAUCCUCCUGAAUUCCUGCUGCCCUGGUUGGGUGAGAACCAACCAGGGGGGACCCAACGCCUUGAAAAGCCCAGAAGAAGGAGCAGAGACCCCCAUGUACUUGGCCCUUUUACCCUCAGAUGCUCAGGGACCUCAUGGACAGUUUGUCAUGGAGAAGAAAGUUGAGCAAUGGGAUCCCACCUCCAAGCUCCCUCCGUGGCUCCAAUUACGUAAACUGCCUUGAUUUGGUCAAAAGUAUGUGUACCCUGUCAAAAAUAUCCCUAUCAAAAAAAUAAAAAGGAAUCAAUUUACCCCUAGAGAGUACCUCUUUGACUUGGGUAUGUCUCAGUAGUUGAGCUGUGGAAUCUCUAUGAUAUGGGGGAAAAGAAAGGGGAUAAGAUGACAACAAUAAAUGACAAUCUGAGAUGAAUAAGUGGUUCUUUACGAAUGUCUGUUUGCGCUGUCUGCUUACAUGCCAUCCAGCUCAGGUAACUAAAGACCUAAAGGUUAGGUCAAGAGAAGGGACAGGAUAACUCAGGGGUCAGCAAACAUUAUAGAAAGAGACAGAUAGUAAUGGUUUUUGGCUUUGCAGACUGUGUGGUCUUGUGGGAACUACUCAGAUCCGCUGUUGUACCAGGAAAGUAGCCAGAGACAACAUGUAGAACAGUAAGGGGGCUGGAUUUGGCCUGUCACCUUUAGUUUACCAGCCUCUAGAAAUUACCUGAAAAACACCACAAAGGGAAAGCAUCUGUUGUGGUUUAUUUAAAUACCACACUGUCAGGGAUAAAUAUGUCAAAUGUGAAAUGUGAGUGGGCUCUCCUAUGAAAGAUACAUCCACAGGGGAUCAGUGACAGUGGGAAGAAAUAAAUAUAGACUGGGUAUUAGUGGUUAUAAGAGA